CUUCUGUGUAUUAGGAUGUCUAUAGAGAACCUCAACAACUCAAUCGAGCAUGACCAGCUCACCAUUUAUCAAGUAGUGAGAGGGGAUGUAGCUGAAUUAGAUGCAUUACUUCAACAAGAUGAGCUCAUUCUUGAUAGAGUCACUGUUUCUUCCUUCCAUGAAACUCCCUUACACAUUGCAGCCAUGCGAGGUCACCUUCAGUUUGCUCAAGCACUCCUCAAUCUGAAGCCCAAACUAGCCGAGGAGUUAGACUCUCUUUGCCGCUUGCCUCUUCACUUGGCUUCUGCAGAAGGCUACUCCCAUAUUGUUAAAGAGUUGGUAACUGUGAAUCCUGAUGCUUGCUGGGCACGUGAUCAAGAUGGAAGAAUCCCACUUCACUUGGCUACCAUGAAAGGAAGAGUUGCAGUUGUGAAGGAAUUAGUCAGCGUUUGUCCUGAGUCAAUAAGAGAGAAGAUGGAUAAUGGAGAGACAAUCUUGCACUUAUGUGUUAAAUAUAAUCGGUUGGAGGCUUUGAAAUUGUUGGUGGAAACGGUACGAGAUGAUGAAUUUGUCAGUGCCGCGGAUGAUAAUGGCAAUACCAUUUUGCACCUUGCAGCCAUCCUCAAACAUGUGCAGAUUACAAAAUACUUACUUUUGGAGACUAGCAUCAAAGAAAAUGCAAAUACCUUGAACAAGAAUGGAUUCACAGCACUGGAUGCUCUAGAGCACAGUCCAAUGGACUCAAAAGGCCUGGAAAUAAAGAUCAUUCUUCUAGAAAGAGAGGCCUUGCUGCGAGAACCUGUAAAUGGUGGAAUAAUUACUUAAAGAACGUAGGCAAGAGAUUCGAAGAGGCACGAGGCAAUAUUCUGAUAGCGGCUACUCUAACAGCAACUAUAGCUUUUUAAGCUGGGGUAAACCCACCCCAAUUUAAUAAAGACCAGAAUGCAACUACAGCUUCAGCUGCUUCUUCUUAUCUUGAUUCUUAUCUUGGUAUUCUCCUUCAGGGGUCAGAAACAAAGUUCUGGUAUUGCAACACUGUUUCUUUGAUGCUCUCUCUUAUUAUUAUUAUGCUGAUGUUUAGUGGAAUUCCUUUUAAAAAUAAGAUUUUAGGAGUUUUCCUAGUAAUUAUCAUGUGCAUCGCAAUCCUAUAUAUAUCACAUACAUAUUUCUAUGCGGCGGCAUCAAACAUGAGGCUGGGAGAAAAUGGUUGGACUUUGGCAGGGAAAACAUUGUUGAUAAUUCCCACUAUAAUUCGUUUUUUAUUGUGGUUUAUUAUUUUGAUACAUUUUGCUUCCUUUUUGAUCUGGCUGUUUCAGAAGAUCUACCGAUGCAUUUCUAAAUUAAUAUCGAGUUUAUGUUUAUAAAGUUUUUUUUUU